ACAGUAACAGACGGAGGCGGGUCCGUGAGGCGCUGACUGUCUACAGUUCAAAGAAAACUACGAUUUGACUUACGGUGUUGCAACACAGUGAAGACGCUGAGUGGGCGGCGCGGACUUUUCUCUUCACAUAACUACUUUUCGUUGUUGCCUCCAACUUUCAGUUUAACCGGACUGCUGCUUUUGUGUAAGUCUUAAAGUUUCAAAAUGUCCAGCGACUUCAGGGCAAAGCUGUGCGUCUUAGAAAAAGGGGACAACGGCUAUGGUUUUCAUCUCCACGGCGAAAAGAACAAGCCAGGUCAGUUCAUCCGGCAUGUGGAAGACGACUCUCCUGCCGCCGAGGCGGGUCUGAAGGCCGGGGACAAACUGGCGUUCGUGAACGGGGAGAAUGUGGAGGACGAGAAGCAUCAACAGGUGGUGUCCCGCAUACGAGGCAUCACGGGCAAACUAGAGCUCAUCGUGGUGGACGCAGAGACCGCAAAUCUGAUGCAGAAGCACAACUUGAAGUGCAAGAAAGAGUAUGUGACUGAUGGGAUACCGAUACCGAGCAGUGCUGAAUCGGACCAUGAAGAGGAGAUGAAGAACGGGACACCAAGGGAGUCCACCCCCGUCCCGGAGACAAAUGGGGACAUACGCAUGGACAGACUGAGCGUGAGCUCCAAGGAAUCAAAGAACGAGCUGCGUCCACGUCUCUGUCACAUGAAGAAGGGUGCCACCGGUUAUGGCUUUAACCUGCACACAGAGAAGACUAAACCUGGCCAGUACAUCAGGGCGGUGGAUGAGGACUCCCCAGCAGAGAAAUCUGGACUUCGGCCCCAAGAUAAAAUAGUGGAGGUGAAUGGCGUUCCUGUGCACACAAUGCAUCAUUCAGAGGUGGUGGCAGCCAUCAAAGCAGGAGGAGAUGAGACCAGAAUGCUGGUGGUGGAUCCUGAGACAGACGCCUACUUCAGAAGCUGUGAUGUCCUUCCAACUGAGAAUCAUCUCACAGGUCCUCUCCCAGAGCCCGUUUCCAGCCGUGAUGAAGAAGAUCAGGUGAAUGGAAAAGCAACCCAGGAAGAAAAGCCUAAAGUAGCUAUGAGUUUGUCGACCUCCAGCACCUCCUCCAACACCUCCUCUUCUGCAGCUCCGGCCAGCACCUCAGCACCAGAGGAGAAACCAAAGGUGAAGGCCUCGAGUGAUGACGCAGGACUAUCUCUGAACAUAUCGCUGCAGCAGGCCAAGGAACGCGCUCACCAGAAACGCUCCAACAAGAAAGCCCCACAGAUGGACUGGAGCAAAAGAAACGAGCUCUUCAGCAACCUCUGAGCCUCCUUUGUGCCUCCUCUCUUCCUCUCACCCACUUCUUUUCAUCUGUUUUUCUUUACUUCCUUUACAAUUGUCUGUCUCAUCAUGCCUCUCUGCUACUUUGUUCUCUCUUUCGGUACACUUGCACACGAUUAGAAACCCUUUCACUUGUAUAUUUUAAACCAGUGUUAUUUUGUCUCUAUGAUUUCUGAAUCUGUUGACUGAUCAACUUUUGACUUGAUUUACCUCUAUUUCACUGAUAUAAGAUGAAAUAUAUGAUUUAACAUUACUGUAUAAUAUACAGCCUAGAAUAUAUAUAUAUGUUUUUUAAAGAAGAAAGCUUAAAUGAUAUCUGAAACAUACCUGUAUAUUCUCUUACUUUGCUUACAUUAAUAUUGAUGCAGUAUUGAUGGGCCUUUGAGAGUGCUGUAUAGUGUCUGAUGAGUUUCUUCAGGACUAGUCUUAACUGUAGAGUUUUGAAGUAACUUUUAGAGCGGCAGCAGUCCUUUGAUUUUUCUUUCUUCUUUUGGUAUGUGUGGUUAUGAUCAGUUCAUAACAUUAAGUGUAGAAACUUUCUGCAGCCUUUUAAUUUUGUAAAUGUGAGCUGUUUAUGGUUUGGGACCCAUUAACCACUGAAAUGAUAGCGUUUGACUGAGUUGAUACUGUUGGCUGAUAAACCUUCUCAUUAAAGGUUUUAUUUAAAGUGCUUGUUUAGUGGAUGUACUGUGCUUUUUAUACAGCACAUGGUAAUAGCAGGAGUGAGUACUGGAUGUUUAAGCAUGUGUUUACUUGUAAAUCUUCACAGUAUUUUUCUUUUUUUUUCAUAGUAAAUGCUCACUUCACUCCAUAAGUCUUAUUUUUGGUAAAUUUUUAAUUAAAGUAAUGAAAUGUACCUGCUUUAAAUAGCUGUUAAAGAACCAUUUCUUUGUUCUACACCAAAACUUAAAACAUUUUGAAAAAUGGCCAGUCUAUUAUGACUAUAUUUAUACAUAUUGCAUGAUAUUUAGAUGCCAGAAGAGCAUUGUAAUACCUUGCAGUUAAAAACGGUACUAUACCUCGACAGCAUUUUAAUGAGUUGCAUCUUUUCAAAGCAUUUGGCAUAUUUGAUCUGUACAUUAGGUCUUAAAGUGACAGCAGCUUCAGCCUAAUAAACCUGCUGCUCUCAAUAUCGCUCAUGAUAAUCAAACAACAGAAAAUGAGAAAAUCACUCAUUGCUCUUUACUGAAUAACUUUAGUAUCUUUAGUAAAAUCAUUGCAUAUUUAAUUCAUACAAAGGAGACUAUGCUGUGUUUUAUUUUAUUUUUACGUUUGGUUAAUUUCUGUAGUAGUUCAUACAUGAAUGCUACUGUUAAAAUAGUCUGUACCUGGAAAAAAAAAUAAAGCACAGUUUAUUUAA